AUGCAGCCGCGUCUUUAUUUGAUCCAGUUGUGUUGCUGCAUUCUGACAGUGUUGGCAAAAUUGGAAUGUGAUCCAUAUUCUGGUGCAAAGAAAGCGGAUCCAACAAAUCCUGAGUCAUAUUUGUACUGUAACUUAGAAGGGACAUAUUCAAAACGAAAAUGCCUUCAAGGGAAAGUGUUUAAUGCUGAAUCCGGUCAAUGUGAAUCGCUUAAGAGUUCGGACCAUGCAAAUGAUGAUCCAUUCUCUCAGCCGUUCUUUCAAGCUCCGGAUGAUCUUUGUGGAUCUGGUAUUCCACUCACUAUUCUAUCAGCGCCUGUGGUCUGUAAUCCUAGUAUAAGCAGUUGCCCAGAUGGAUACGUUUGUCGUAUGUACGAACGUACUGGAACUUCAUACUGUUGUCAAGGAUCAUCACCACAAAUUGAUAAGGCUAUGUGUGCACAGGGACAAGUGACGUAUCUUGAGCCAUCUGGACGACCACGUUCAUGUGUACUGCCGUCCUCAUCUUCUUGUCCGACUGGGUUCUCAUGCACUUUGGUAGGAGGAACAGCUACGAGAUGCUGCGGCAAAGAUCUCGGAUGCCCAUUCAAUUCGGCUGCAUUCCUUAAUCCACGAACAUCGUCACAUGUUGAAUGCUCACCAUCGCAGAAGACCUCCUGUCAAAAUGGAUACUCAUGCGUUCGAAGCACUAGCCUACAGAAAUUUAUCUGUUGCUCGUCGUCUUCUAGCGAUUCAGGAACAUGUCUUGAUGGUGCUACACCGCUUUCCAAUCCUUCCUCAUGUUCUGCAUCACAACCGUGUCCGAGUGGAUACAGCUGUAGAGAUGGAAAAUGUUGUCCAGGACUAGCCGUCUGCCCAGCUGGUUCUCCUCUAGGAGGUGGACCAACAGCAUGUAGUGAGGAUAAUCCUUGCAAGGAUGGUUAUGAAUGUGUAACUACUGGUGCUUACCAGUACUGUUGUCCAUCGAGAGAAAAUGUCUGUUCUUUACCACGUAAUGCUGGAGUAGUGUGUGCAUCAACACGUUCUGCUAUAACACGCUAUUAUUUUGAUGUAACAACUGGUUCAUGUAGAUCAUUUCAGUUCAGUCAAUGUGGAGGAAAUGCGAAUAACUUUAACACUCUUGAGGAAUGUGAAGGUUUUUGUUUGGAUGCACAAUGUCAGCAUGGACAGGCAUAUCGAGUAGGAGCAGUAAAUGCGGUAUGUGCUCUAACUGCUAUGGAUACUUGUCCACGUUCUCAUUCAUGUAUGAGUCCCGUUUUUGGACCAUCGGCCGUUUGUUGUCCUACUCCAGAUGUAACCUGUAAUGAAAUGGUUUCGGCUGGAACACCGUGCUUUGGCCGCGCAGUAACAAUUCAGCGUUUCUAUUUCAAUCCUAAUACCAGAAAAUGCCAAGCUUUCCAAUAUUAUGGUUGUAAUGGAAACGGUAAUAACUUCCAGAGCAUGGAAAGCUGUCAUGAUCAUUGUUUGAACGCUGCGGAUACUGUUUGCGCUGGUGCUGCUGCUCUUAUGGAUCCAAAUCAACAACCUCAACGUUGCUCAUCGAAUGUGCCAUGUCCGUCCGGAUACGUUUGCAAUCCGGAACGUUAUUGUUGUCCAACAGCUGACACAGCUUGUUCUGCUGUUAUGAGCAGAGGGAAUGUUUGUUCUGGAUCACCAUUACGAACUAUGUGGUACUAUGAUCAAUCGCAGAGGAAAUGCACUCAAUUUGCUUACAACGGAUGUGGUGGAACAGCCAAUCGUUUCACUUCGAAAAAAGCAUGUAACUCUGUUUGUGUGAGUUCACCACUAUCCGGAUCAUGUCCACGUGGAAUGUCACCGUUAAUCGAGGAUGGAGAGACAAUUGUUAAGACGUGCACUUUGAACGUCAUUGGUACAUGUCCGCUGACCGCAUCCUGUGUUCGAUCCACAACAAAUCAGCCAAUUUGUUGCCAGACAGUCACUUCAUGCCCGGAUAACAGAAAACCUUAUGUUAUUCCAGGAUCAACUUCAGUUGUUGCGUGUAAUAUUGACGCUGAUGAAUGUCCAACUGGAAAUGCAUGCGUUGAGUCAAGUUCCGUGCCAGGUUUCCACAUGUGCUGCUCUACAACUAUUACCGGUAACCGUCGUUCAUCUGCAGGAUUUGGAAGCACGAGAAAGGAGCCGGAUACACUUGCAGCUCUAAUUAGAAGCAUUUCCCCAUGCCCCGCCCAGUUAACCACAAAUGGACAUACAUGUACAGUGAAUGCAGUUGGCGAUUGUCCAAGAAAUUACCUUUGCUUCCGAAAUGCAGGUUAUGAACAUGGAUCAUGUUGCCGUACUGGUCCACCUAAGUGUUCGAUGAAACAAUAUGUGCCAGUGUUUGUUUCUGGAACUCAGGUGCAAAUUUGUCAAAAUGAUCUCGGAGGAUGUCCUAGAGAUUCUCGUUGUAUGACUUCCACAAUACCGACAGUUUCCAUAUGUUGUCAACUGUAUCAACCGCAAUUGAAAUCGCGUGGAAACGAGAUGAACGGGGUAAUGGCUAGACCGUUAGCCCAGCCAAAGUGUCGCAAUGGUGAUCGACCAUUUAACGGCGGUGGAGUGGUAUUUGAAUGCAGUUUCACUCCGGAUAAUUGCCCUCCGGGUUACAAAUGUGAAUUUUCGUCGACUGGACAAGCCGUAUGUUGUGGUGAUCCGGAAACGAUUCGUUGCCCAUUCGGAUCGAACGCUUUUGAAUACGGUGGUCGUCCACUGGCUUGCCCUGCUGGCAGUACCAAGUGCCCACAUGGAUACGCAUGCGUUGCUUCCUUGAAUCCUCAAUACCAUCUAUGCUGCUCUUCAGCGGUUCCGGUUUCUCGACCACCUCCAGGGUGUUUGACCGGAACUCCUUUUGUUGAUCCAGCCCUAAAUCAAAGACAGUACUGUUCUCCACUACGAGAUACUUGCCCUGUAGGAUAUAGUUGCAUGGAAUCCGACUAUCCUGGACAAUAUAUUUGUUGCGCUCAAGGGAACCUCGGCGAACAAUUCAAGGGAUACUGUCCACCGAAUCAGGUCCCGUAUGUAGGCAGAGAAGGUUAUCCUCCAACUUGUCAUAUGCAGCUGAAUCCAUGUCCAACGACAGCGCCGUUUGUUUGUAUUUACUCAGCGAUGAAGCAGGAUUCCUAUUGUUGCACACCGAUGGACGCAGCUGGUACAGCGUUCACUCUUCCGGAUCCGUCAGUUGCUGCGUCCCCUAUGAAACGCAUCGGUCUAGGUGAUAAAGUUCCUAUGUCGGCUCCAUCUAAUCCUUACGGUGGUAUGACGCAAACGUUUCCUGGUGGGCCUGUACCAGUACCACCAACAAUGCCACCAAUAGGUAUAGCAGAUCCUAUUCCCGGAGUAAAUCCUGAACAGAUUCUUCCACCUGGACUCUCCACUAACCUUCAUACUGCUGGAAAUCCGAACAAUUUGAACUUUAACAAUAAUCCCAGCGGUGCUUUUCCAAAUCAAAAUGUGAACGGUUAUCCAAAUAACCAACUAGUUGGAGGAUUACCUGGAUAUCCGAGAAGCCAACCACCAACUAUUAUGCCAGGAUUCCCAAAUAAUCAGCAAUCUGGAGUUAUGAUUGGUGGACGAACGGAUCUUCAUUCGCAAGUAAUUCAAGAUGUAUUAAGUCAGUAUACACAUGGUAACAGAUAUGUUGGUGGUGGAAAUCCAUACUUUGCUACACCGAAUAACAAUGCUGGACAAUGGACGAUACCACAAAAUUCCGUUACUGGAUGUCCAUUUGGAUCUCGUGCUUUGGUACGAGCUGAUCGUAGUGUUGUCAUGUGUGCUGAACAACCAUGUCCUAAUGGAUUCGUUUGUGUGUUUGCUGAAAGGGAGAAUCGUUUCCAGUGCUGCUCAUCAUCUCCAAUAUUAACAAGUUCAAUUCGACCUGAUUCAUCGUCGUCCACACAAUCCAGUAUUCCAGACAUAACAACUGGUGAUCCAAUAGUUGAAUGUCCACCAGGAUUCUUCUUGAUUGAGGGGAAAUGCUUAAAGGUUCUCUUUGCUGGACAAAAAGGUUGUCUAUCCGAUGAACAAUGCGCUGCAAGAGAACCGAAUGCUACAUGUGAUAGUGGGUACUGUGUGUGUCCCGCAGCGAAACCGUUGGUACACGGUGGAAAAUGUGUGGCUGGAUGUCCGGAAGGAUUUGCUAACAUUGCUGGAAGAUGCUAUGAUCCAACAACGGUAAUAUUCAUGGAUUCUGUUGAUGAAAGGAAAAAUGGUACAAUUGGUGGAUAUUGUCUGGAUACUGUGGUUGAAGAAAAGCGAUGCGAAGUAGGAAAUAGUUACUGCAGUGAAAAAACGAUUACAUGUCAGUGCAAAGUUGGGUAUAUCUUGAAAAUGGAUUUCAAGGAUAAAGAGGAUAAGGGGUCCUGCCAGCAAGAUGAGUCGUCAAAAUUCAAGGAGCCUGAACAGCAAACGAUGCCGGUCAUCGACGAUGAACUCUAUUUUGUUGACAUAGGUUCCAAUAUAUCUGACGCAGAACCAGAACAAGCAACAAAUUCGACGGCCGAUGACGAUGUUGACCUCAGUAAAUAUCUCUUCCAGACUGACGAACUCGUUUCCUCAUUUGCCUAA